GUAGUAGUGGUAGUAGUAGUAGUUGUAGUAGUAGUAGUAGUAGUAGUAGUAGUAGUAGUGGCAGCAGUAGUACCUUCUGUUAUCGGUCCCAGCAUGUCCUCGACACACCCGCAGAUGUGAGGAUGCGAUUCCAAGGCGAGACCGAGGUGGUCGAGAACAGCCUGUACGAGACCGUGGAGAACAUUCGCGGGACCGAGGUGGUCGAGAACAGCCUGUACGAGACCUUGGACAACACCCGCAGGACCGAGGUGGUCGAGAACAGCCUGUACGAGACCGUGGAGAACAUUCGCGGGACCGAGGUGGUCGAGAACAGCCUGUACGAGCCCUUGGACAACACCCGCAGGACCGAGGUGGUCGAGAACAGCCUGUACGAGCCCUUGGACAACACCCGCAGGACCGAGGUGGUCGAGAACAGCCUGUACGAGCCCUUGGACAACACCCGCAGGACCGAGGUGGUCGAGAACAGCCUGUACGAGACCUUGGACAACACCCGCAGGACCGAGGUGGUCGAGAACAGCCUGUACGAGCCCUUGGACAACACCCGCAGGACCGAGGUGGUCGAGAACAGCCUGUACGAGCCCUUGGACAACACCCGCAGGACCGAGGUGGUCGAGAACAGCCUGUACGAGCCCUUGGACAACACCCGCAGGACCGAGGUGGUCGAGAACAGCCUGUACGAGCCCUUGGACAACACCCGCAGGACCGAGGUGGUCGAGAACAGCCUGUACGAGCCCUUUGAAAACGUGAGGAAGCCGCGGUGAGGAAGAAGGAAAUGGAAGAGGAGGAGGAAGAUGAGGAGCAGGCGUGAAAACAUGGGAGGGCAGGCAACAAAAAGCCUGCUGGUUCAUCACGAGGCUGCCUGCUUUAGCGACAUGUGAAUCAGCUCGUCAGCCAAUUGAGAGACCUGCGCCACAGACUGAAGCACUUUUGUACGCACGCGCGGGCACUUCGAGCUCGCCCCUGACGCAGCAAAGUGACGACCAGUGCGAUCUUGGAAGGAAAUUAUCGCUUUCGAGCAAACAACUUCUGCUGGAAAGCUGUUCCAGUGGCGGACGGGUCUUCGAAAAAUAACUCCUGCCGAUAUCUGUGGGGUGGGCGUGGCGACGCACCCCCAGCGCAUGCCCCCAUUGAUUGGCAGA